AUGGACGCCGCCGCCGCCACCCACCACGACCACCUCAUCGUCACCAUCCUCACCUUCCUUCUCGUCGCCGGCGCGGGGCUCGUACACGGAACCACGCACCCGGCGGACCAGGCGGCGCUGGAUGACCUCCGAAAAUCCCUAACGAACCCGGACGCGCUGGGAUGGCCGGACAACGGGGACGCGUGCGGCCCCCCGGCGUGGCCGCACGUCUCCUGCGACCGCUCCGGCCGCGUCGACAACCUCGACCUCAAGAACGCCGGCCUGGCCGGCACCCUCCCGCCGUCGCUGUCCUCGCUCGCCGCGCUGCGCGGGCUCAGCCUGCAGGGGAACCGCCUCACGGGCGCGCUCCCGUCGUUCCGGGGCAUGUCCGCGCUCCAGCGCGCCUUCCUCAACGACAACGACUUCGACGGCAUCCCGGGCGACUUCUUCGACGGCGGGCUGGCCGACCUGCUCGACAUCUCGCUCAGCAACAACCAGCGCCUCAACAAAUCCAGCGGCGGGUGGGCGCUCCCGCCGGCGCUUGCCGACUCCGCGCCGCAGCUGCAGGUGCUGUCCCUCGACAACUGCAGCCUGAGCGGCGGGAUCCCGGGCUUCCUCGGCCGACUCACGGGGCUCCAGAACCUCACGCUCUCCUACAACAACCUCUCCGGCCCCGUACCCGCCGCGCUCAACGGCUCCGGCAUCGAGAGGCUCUGGCUCAACAACCAGCUCGGGGAGGCCAAGCUGUCCGGCACCCUCGACGUCGUGGUCACCAUGACGGGACUCCAGGAGCUCUGGCUCCACGGCAACGACUUCUCCGGGCCCAUCCCCGACGCCAUCGCCGACUGCAAGGAGCUCUACACCGUCAGGCUCAACAACAACCAGCUCCUCGGCCUCCUGCCUCCUGGCCUCGCCGCGCUCCCCGCGCUCCGGGAGCUCAAGCUCGACAACAACAACCUCCUGGGCCCCGUCCCGGCGCUCAAGGCACCCAAUUUCACCUUCUCCGGGAACGAGUUCUGCGCCGCCGACCCCGGGGACGCCUGCGCCCCGGAGGUCAUGGCAUUGCUCCACUUCCUCGCCGACGUGCAGUACAAUACCAGGCUGGUCGGGACCUGGUCCGGGAACGACCCCUGCACCGGCUGGCUCGGCGUCACCUGCGUCCAGGGCAAAGUCACCAUGCUCAACCUGCCGGGGUACGGACUCAACGGCACCAUUAGCCAGAGCCUCGGCAACGUCACCACGCUCUCCGACGUCAAGCUCGCCGGGAACCAUCUCACCGGCCGAGUGCCGGAUAGCCUCACCAAGCUCGCCUCGCUUCAGAAGCUGGACCUGUCCAUGAAUGACUUGAACGGGCCGCUGCCCGCAUUCAGUCCCACCGUGGAUGUGAAUGUCACCGGUAAUCUCAACUUCAACACGACAGCGCCGCCACCAGAUGCACAGCCAAACAACUCCCCUCGGGGGUCUCAUUCUACGCCUGGCGCAACUGCUGGGGCUGGGGGUAAUGAUGCAGCAAUCCCUGGGAGUGGGAAGAAGACCUCAUCAGCUGUGUUGCUGGGCACAACCAUUCCAGUCGCGGUGAGCGUGGUCGCCCUGAUUUCGGUGGGCGCCGUGUUCUUCUGCAAGAGAAGAGCAUCAGUGCCGCCACAGGCAGCCUCUGUCGUCGUGCAUCCCCGUAAUAGCUCUGAUCCAGAUAACCUGGCCAAGAUCGUCGUGGCCACCAACGACGGCAGCAGCGGCACGUCUCAAGGCAACACGCAUAGCGGGAGCAGUAGCCUGACUGGCGAUGUCCACAUGAUCGAAGCCAGGAAUUUCGUGAUUGCAGUGCAGAAGCGGCUCAACAUCGCCUUGGAUGUUGCUCGUGGGAUGGAAUAUCUGCACAACCUGGGCCAUCACCGCUUCAUACAUAGGGAUCUCAAGUCAGCAAACAUUCUCCUUGGCGAUGACUUCCGGGCAAAGGUGGCGGACUUUGGGCUCAUGAAAGAUGCGCCGGAUGGGAACUACUCUGUAGCGACUAGACUUGCUGGAACAUUUGGGUACUUGGCUCCUGAGUAUGCAGUGACAGGGAAAAUCUCAACGAAGGCAGAUGUCUUCAGCUUCGGGGUAGUGCUGCUGGAGCUGAUAACAGGGACGACGGCCAUCGACGACAGUCGCGUGGGCGAGGGCGAGGAGACCCGUCACCUGGCGUACUGGUUCAGCCAGAUCCGGAAGGACGAGGAACAGCUCCGUGCGGCCAUCGACCCGACCCUGGACGUGAGCGACGACGAGACGUUCGAGAGUGUGGGCGUGAUCGCGGAGCUCGCGGGGCACUGCACGGCCCGGGAGCCGUCGCAGCGGCCGGACAUGGGGCACGCGGUGAACGUGCUGGUGCCCAUGGUGGAGAAGUGGAAGCCCGUGAAGGACGAGGUCGAGGACUACCUGGGCAUCGACCUGCACCUGCCGCUGCUGCAGAUGGUGAAGAGCUGGCAGGACGCGGAGGCGAGCAUGACGGACGGUGGCAGCACCCUGAGCCUCGAGGACAGCAAGGGCAGCAUCCCCGCUCGCCCUGCCGGGUUCGCUGAGUCCUUCACCUCGGCCGACGGCCGGUGA